AGGAGGGAAACAUGCCUUCCUUUUCCAAUCUGACGCAGACCCUGGAAGAUGUCUUCAAGAGGAUUUUUAUUACUUAUAUGGACAACUGGCGCAGGAACACCACAGCCGAGCAAGAGGUCCUGCAAGCCAAGGUUGAUGCGGAGAACUUCUACUAUGUCAUCUUGUACCUCAUGGUGAUGAUUGGGAUGUUCUCUUUCAUCAUUGUAGCCAUUCUGGUAAGCACGGUGAAAUCCAAGAGACAAGAGCACUCCAACGACCCCUACCACCAGUACAUUGUGGAUGACUGGCGUGAAAAGUACAAAAGCCAGAUUCUGAAUCUAGAAGAUUCACGGACCACCAUCCAUGAGAACAUUGGUGCAACAGGGUUCAAAACAUCUCCUUGA